UUCCUGCUUUCAGAGACUGGACCGCGCCGGUCCACCCGAUCCGAACCCAUACAAGCGCCAUACCUAGGGUUAGGGUUUAUAUACCUUGGAAGGCAGUUCUGUUCGUCCUUCUUUCUCUUCGCGGCUGCUUGCUAUCCCUCUGCGCCGGUGGGAACUGUUAUUUCUCCAGAAAAUGGCGGAUACCAAGGCGGUCACGAUCAGAACCAGGAAAUUCAUGACCAACCGGCUUCUCUCCAGGAAGCAAUUCGUCGUUGAUGUCCUUCAUCCAGGAAGGGCGAACGUUUCUAAGGUGGAAUUGAAGGACAAAUUGGGUAAGCUGUAUGAGGUGAAGGACCCGAACACGAUUUUUGUGUUCAAGUUCCGGACGCACUUCGGAGGAGGCAAGUCCACUGGUUUUGGUCUCAUCUAUGACAACGUCGAGGCCGCCAAGAAGUAUGAGCCCAAGUACCGGCUGAUCAGGAAUGGGCUUGCCACAAAGGUUGAAAAGUCACGGAAGCAGAUGAAGGAAAGAAAGAAUAGGGCAAAGAAGAUCCGUGGAGUGAAGAAGACAAAGGCUGGAGACGCCGCCAAGGCUGGGAAGAAGAAAUGAACCAAGGCAACACAUUUUUUCUAUCUUUUUCUUCAAUUUUGGCUUGUGCUGCUUGAUGGACAUGACAUUCAGCUUUGCUUGAUUCAGUAUUCAAUCUGUAGGAUGAUUUUGUAUUUCUGCAUUUGAGUUUAGUAAGGACACUCUCAAACAUUGAUAUUGUUAUCCUGUUGCUUGUGCA